CUCAACUUGUCAAUUAAUAAAUAUUUUUGAGUAGCCACAAAUAAAUUUUUUGUUUCAAUUUUUUUUACUUUUACCUUACUAAUACAACAAUGAAAAUGGAAGGUGAAUCGACGAAAUUCAUGAAAAAUUUAACCGAAUGGAGUUUUAGUCAGUAUCCUAAAUACAUUUUGUUACCAAUUGAUGAAAACUAUGAACAAGUCAAGCCUAAUAUAAAGAAUAUUGUGUAUUCAGAGGUAACACCUCGGCCAUUGGAAAGAAACCUUCGGUUGGUUUGUGUAUCAGAAGAUGCGCUAAACAACAUUUUAAACAUGGAUAUUGAAAUGGCGUCUCGUGAUGAAUUUAUUGACUUAAUAGCAGGAAAGAAAUUACCGUACGGGGCUUUGCCUGUUGCUCACCGUUACGGUGGUCAUCAGUAUGGACUCUGGGUUGGACAAUUAGGAGAUGGACGCGCACACAUUCUAGGAGAAUAUGUAAAUCGUUUAAGUGAACGAUGGCAAAUACAAUUGAAAGGAUCAGGUCAAACCCCAUACUCUCGUACUUACGAUGGAAGAGCAGUCUUACGAUCAGGAAUAAGGGAGAUGAUUGGCGCUGAAGCCUGCUACCACCUUGGUAUACCUACCACUAGGUCUGCAGGCUUAGUUGUAAGUGACGAAACCGUAGUACGAGAUGUGUACUACACAGGUAGUCCAAAACGAGAGAAAGCAGCCGUCUUGCUCAGACUGUCUCCCAGUUGGUUUCGUUUUGGAUCAUUAGAAAUACUUUCUAGAAAUGGCGAAAUACCUGUUUUAAAGCAACUGCUUGACUUUGUUAUAAAGGAGUAUUUUCCUGAUAUACAAUUAACUGAUGAAAACAGGUUUAUUAGAUUAUUUUCCGUAAUCGCUCACAGAACCCUUGCUUUAGCAGCUAAAUGGCAAGGUUUUGGCUUUACCCAUGGCUUAUUAAAUACGGACAACAUGAGCCUUUUAGGCCUGACUAUGGACUAUGGCCCAUUUGGAUUUGUAGACUCUUACGAUGGUGGUUUUGUAGCCAACUGUUCUGAUGGAGAAGGGCGGUAUGCACUAUCUAAACAGCCUGAUGUUGUCGUCUGGAAUGUCGGUCAACUAGCAAAUGCAAUCAAACCUCUCCUGUCUCCAUCUCAGCAGAUUCAUGUAACGCAUAUAUUGAAAACCUUAGACACAUACUGCAAGAACAAAAUUUUGGAAACUUUUUUGAUGAAAAUUGGUAUACGCGAAGAGAGAAGGGGUGAUGAACAGCUGGUUGAGAAACUAUUAGAUAUGAUGCAGCAAACUGGGGCUGAUUUUACGAGUACUUUCAGACAGUUAGCUGAAUUGGAGCCAAACGAAAUGGUGAAUGAAAUAAAGUUAAAUGAAAAGUGGUCCCUUAAACGAUUAUCGAUGCAUGCUUCGUGGGGCUGCUGGCUGGAUCAGUACAGGGAGAGAUUAGAAAAAGAAGCAGUGGACACAAGUUCUUUGGGUGUGUUUGAAGAUGAGCGCCGACGUAGGAUGUUAAGUGUUAACCCAGUCUAUGUUCCAAGGAACUGGAUGAUACAUGAAGCUGUUUUAGAUGCGGAGCGAGAUGACUUUGAAAAAGUAAGAUUUCUGUUAGAAGUGCUAAAAAGACCAUAUGACGUUCAACUUGACGCCGAAGCUAAAGGAUUUUCAGCUCAACCACCACAUUGGGCAUAUGCGUUAAAAAUUAGCUGUUCAAGCUAAUUGAGAUUAGUUUGAUCCAGCAUUAUCAAUUCAAUAAAAUUUUAACUAUUUUAAUUGUACUUGAUUUGUAACGAGAAGUUUGACGAGUAGUGAACGCAUCUUUGUUAUGGAUAUUAAUCUGUGAUCU